UAUCCAGCAUUAGAAUCAUCAUGUAUCUAGCUUAAUUCCUUCUCCCUCAAACGAUUUUUCUCCUCUCUUCUUUCUUCAAGUCGUUAGCCAUGGCUCCAAAAAAAUUCUCCAAAAUUAAACACAAUCACCUGGCAUCCUUAUUAGGGUUAUUUUUGUUUCUUUUUAGCAUUGCCACUGCACAAUUAUGCCCGGAUUUCUACGAGAAAACGUGCCGUGGAGCACUUCCUGCCAUUGAAAAUGUGGUUAGAGCCGCCGUGGCAAAUGAAUCCAGAAUGGGAGCAUCUUUGCUUCGUCUUCAAUUUCAUGACUGCUUUGUUAAUGGGUGUGACGGAUCGGUACUAUUGGACGAUACACCAACAAUGAAAGGAGAAAAAACAGCACCUCCAAACAACAAUUCUCUGAGAGGAUUUGAUGUAAUUGAUAGGAUUAAAGCCGAAGUAGAGAGUUUGUGUCCUGGUGUUGUUUCCUGUGCUGAUAUUAUCACCAUUGCUGCUCGUGAUUCUGUUGUCGCUUUGGGUGGACCUUACUGGACAGUUUUACUGGGCAGAAGAGAUUCAACCAUAGCUAAUUUCAGCGGUACCAAAGACAUCCCCUCCCCAUUUUUGAAUCUGAGCGGCCUCAUCACUGCCUUCGCCAACAAAGGAUUAAGUGCACAUACGGUUGGACAAACUAGGUGUACCAUUUUCCGGAGCCGUAUCUACACUGAAAACAACAUCGAUCCCUCCUAUGCGGCAUCAUUGAGGGCAAUCUGUCCGGCCACCGGAGGAGAUGACAAUCUUGCUCCUUUAGACACAGAAACCCCAACAGUUUUCGAUAAUGACAUCUACAAGGACAUGAUGAUGGAAAAGGGGAUAUUGCACUCUGACCAACAGAUCUACAGCGGUGGCUCAACGGACUCCCAAGUUGAGGGUUAUAGCAACAAUCCUGAGGCUUUUGCUGUAGAUUUUGGGUCUGCGAUGAUUAAAAUGGCAAACAUUAGGCCUCUCACUGGCACCAGCGGCCAAAUCAGGUUGAAUUGUAGGAAAGUCAAUUGAAUCUCAACAUGCUAAUUAGACUCGUUCUAUCUAUAUGUGAAUCUCGUGGUUUAAUUACAUGAACAAAGUGGCCUUGUAGUUGUUACUUCUCCUUUGAAGAUAUGUUCCAAGUUCGAGUCCUACUGUAUGUAGAUUGUUCUUCAAUUUUAUGUUGGUUUAUCAGCAAAUUUUAGUUUGAAAUAUAUAUUUUUUUUAAAA